CCAGCUUCCACAGCUUCUUGAUCAAACAACCAUACCAAGAAGACCAUCCAGAACUAAUAACACACUCACUCAUGGCUUCAACUUCUCUAAUACCCAAAAGCAUAUCUCCUUUUCUCACAAGCCCAUCUUCGUCACUUCCCUCAACUCAAUUUUCCAAACCAUCAUUCUUUCAAUCUCCAUGCACCAGAAAACCAAGCACACUCACCUGUGCAAAGAAAAAGAACCCAUGGCUUGACCCUUUUGAUGAUGGAGAGGACCCUGAUAUGGAAUAUGGCUCAUUAUUUGCAGAUGGCAAGCAAGAAGAAGACCCUAGACCACCUGACAACCCCAACAACCCAUAUGGCUUCCUCAAGUUCCCAAUGGGUUACAAUGUAGAAAUUGCUUCUUUGGCAUUAAAAGUUAGAGGUGAUGUCAGGAGAUGCUGUUGUGUGAUUUCUGGUGGUGUUUAUGAGAACUUGCUCUUCUUUCCUGCCAUUCAGUUGAUCAAGGACAGGUACCCUGGAGUUCAAAUAGAUGUGAUAGCAUCAGCUAGAGGGAAACAAACCUAUGAGAUGAACAAGAAUGUGAGAUGGGCUAACGUUUAUGACCCUGAUGAUGAUUUCCCUGAGCCAGCAGAAUAUACUGACAUGCUCGGAGUUCUUAAGAAUAGGUACUACGACAUGGUCUUAUCAACCAAACUGGCAGGGCUUGGCCACGCAGCAUUCCUGUUUAUGACAUCAGCUCGGGAUCGAGUUAGCUACGUUUACCCUAAUGUAAAUGCAGCAGGAGCAGGACUUCUCCUAUCAGAAACAUUUACUCCAGAUAGUACCAAUCUCUCAGAAGGUGGAUAUUACAUGUAUCAUCAGAUGGUUGAUUGGUUAGGAAGACCUUUCCGAAAUGUGCCGAGGCAGCCAGUGCCUCCACUAAGAGUUUCAAUUUCAAGGAAGCUGAAAGAGUUUGUAGAAGCAAAAUACAGAGUUGCAGGUGCUGAGAAAGGAAAAUAUAUUGUAAUUCAUGGAAUUGAAUCAGAUUCAAAGGCCUCAAUGCAGUCUAGGGGAGAUACCGAUAGUUUGCUGCCUCUUGAAGUAUGGGCUGAAAUAGCUGAGACUGUAAGGGGAUUUAAGCCAGUAUUUGUCAUCCCACAUGAGAAAGAAAGGGAAAAUGUUGAGGAAAUUGUUGGAGAAGACACCAGUAUCGUCUUCAUCACUACUCCUGGACAGUUGGCAGCUCUCAUCAAUGACUCAGCUGGAGUAAUAGCUACAAAUACAGCAGCAAUCCAACUUGCAAAUGCACGAGAAAAACCUAGCAUUGCGUUGUUUUCAUCUGAAGAGAAAGGCAAACUAUUUAUUCCCAAUGCAGACGAGAAGAAAUGCAGUAUUGUCUCAUCUAAGACUGGUAAACUAAAAGACAUUGAUGUUGAAGACAUAAAACAAGCAAUGCAAAUUUUAGAUGCAUCCCUGGCUCUGGCAUAGAAGAAAAUGAGACUAAAUGUUUCAAAAUUACAGAUUCUGAUUUCAUGUUUCUUGUUUUCCUCUUUCUUUCAUUCUUUUUGCUUCCCUUCUCUUGUCAUCUCAAUCCUUUUCCAUUUGUACAUGGAAGUCCAAAGUGUUGAAAAAUCACAUGAAUAUAUAAAAUGCGAUCAUGAUAAUUUGUAAAAUAGAAUUCAGAGAAUAUGGAAAUGAAUAUAAUUGCUUAUGCUUGUCAUGACAA